AUGGGUAUUGUCGUUGGAAUUGCUGCUGAAGUAGCCAUUCAAGCAGCCAUUGUGGCAGCACCUAAGGCGGCUGCAAAAGCAGGAGCUGAAAAGAAAGCAGCAGCUGAGGCGGCUGCUGAGGUGGCUGCUGAGGUGGCUUCUGAUACGGCAGAAGUAAUCGAAGGUGCGGCCGAAGCAGCCGCUGAGACGGCUGCCCAGACAGCAGCUGAAGCAGGUGCCGAGGCUGCUGCUGAGACUGCAGCAGCUGCAGCGGCCGAAGGAGCGGCCGAAGCCGCUGGAGAAGCAGCGGCCGAAACAGUAGCUGACGUGGCAGCGGAGUCUGGUGAGGAAGCAGGUGAACAAGCGGCAGAAGAAGCCGUCGAUCAGGCCGUUGAGGAGGCUGCCGGUAAGGGGGCCAGUAAAAUCGUCAAGAAAGUUAUCAAGGCAGUAAUUGUCGCAUCCAUGAUCGAAGAACUCAUCCGAAACACCAUCAAGAUAGUGGAUACUCUGGAAGCCAAGGACAGAAUCAAGACGAUGCUCCAACUACUUGACAAGGCCAUGAAAGAUGCCAAGACAAAUCUGAAGCAGUGCAAUGAUCAGAUCACGGCUGCCAUCAAGAAAGGUAAACUGAGAAAAGUCACAAAACUGCCUGAUGGCCUCAAACUGUCGGAAGGACUUCUGUUUAGCUCCGAGAUGAACACUGAAGUGGAAAACUUUCUUGCCGCCAUUAAACCAUCCGUUAUCAACGUAGCAGGUGUGGCCAAAAAGAAGGAUGUUGGCAAGAUUGAGGAUGCUGUCAAGAAGGCCAAGGAUGCUUUCAUGAAGGCGUCGGGGCCAUUCCUGACAGCAGUGAAAACAUGGGAUAGCAAGGACACAGAUAUCAAGUCGCAAGCUGGCAUCAACUUCCAGGUUGCCCAACUCGAGGCGAACAUUAAUGCCGUCAAAACGCACGAUGCUUGA